CCCUCGGGGCUUCCGCGGCUGCAGCUCUCGGCGCGGGUAGGUCCCUCUGCUGCCCGGUCCCAUUUGUUGCCGAGUCCAGUGCGGGGCGGCCGCGGCGUGCGGAGCUCCGGAGAGCCCGGCAGGGCAGCCUCGCAGCCACGACGGAGCAGCCGCGGGACUGGCCGCCACGCGCCCCCUUCGCCGCCGUGCCCUUCCCCGGCGCGCUCACCCCCUUCUCGGGAUGGGAUUGUAGCGGCGGCGCGGACUCGGCGGGGAUCGCGGCGGAGGCGGCGGCGGCGGCCGAGCGGGGCUCCAUGUUUUCCCCCGGCCAGGAGGAACACUGCGCCCCCAAUAAGGAGCCGGUGAAAUACGGGGAGCUGGUGGUACUUGGGUACAAUGGUGCUUUACCUAAUGGAGACAGAGGCCGGAGGAAAAGCAGGUUUGCGCUCUACAAGCGGCCGAAGGCCAAUGGAGUCAAACCCAGCACAGUUCAUGUGAUUUCCACACCGCAGGCAUCCAAGGCUAUCAGCUGCAAAGGUCAACACAGUAUAUCGUACACUCUAUCAAGGAAUCAGACUGUGGUGGUCGAAUACACACAUGAUAAAGAUACAGAUAUGUUUCAGGUGGGCAGAUCAACAGAAAGCCCCAUCGACUUCGUUGUAACAGACACAAUCUCUGGCAGUCAGAAUAAUGAUGAGGCCCAGAUCACACAAAGCACCAUAUCCAGGUUUGCCUGCAGGAUAGUCUGUGACAGGAAUGAACCUUACACAGCACGGAUAUUCGCAGCCGGAUUCGACUCUUCCAAGAACAUAUUUCUUGGAGAAAAGGCAGCAAAGUGGAAAAACCCUGAUGGCCACAUGGAUGGGCUCACGACCAAUGGCGUCUUGGUGAUGCAUCCAAGAGGGGGCUUCACGGAGGAGUCCCAGCCCGGGGUCUGGCGCGAGAUCUCUGUCUGUGGAGACGUGUACACCUUGCGAGAGACCAGGUCUGCGCAGCAGAGGGGAAAGCUGGUGGAAAGUGAGACCAACGUCCUGCAGGACGGCUCCCUCAUCGAUCUCUGCGGGGCCACACUUCUCUGGAGGACGGCAGACGGCCUCUUUCACACACCCACCCAGAAGCACAUCGAAGCCCUCCGGCAGGAGAUCAAUGCGGCCCGGCCACAGUGUCCAGUGGGGCUCAACACCUUGGCCUUCCCCAGCAUCAAGAAAGAGGUGGUGGAGGAGAAGCAGCCCUGGGCAUACCUCAGCUGCGGCCACGUGCACGGCUAUCACAACUGGGGCCAUCGGAGCGACACGGAGGCCAAUGAGAGGGAGUGUCCCAUGUGCAGGACUGUGGGCCCCUACGUGCCCCUGUGGCUGGGCUGCGAGGCGGGCUUUUACGUAGAUGCAGGACCGCCCACUCAUGCGUUCACCCCAUGUGGGCACGUGUGCUCAGAGAAGUCUGCAAAAUACUGGUCUCAGAUCCCGCUGCCUCACGGAACUCACGCCUUUCAUGCCGCCUGCCCUUUCUGUGCCACGCAGCUGCUUGGGGAACAGAACUGCAUCAAAUUGAUUUUCCAAGGUCCGGUUGACUGACGCCCCCUUGACAGCCAUCUACAACUUUAUUAACAAGUUACUGUGAAGGUUUUGCCACUAACUCUAGAUUUUACCCUUUUGUAAUGCCGUUUAUUUAGUGGAGGGUGUUCCUGAGGCUGGGAGGAAAGAGGGGCGCGGCGCCUAAACAUGGCAGGCAGUGACGAAAACAGUGGUGUGUUGCAUGCUCCAAACAGCUGCAUCGUCAGUGACGUCUGCUUGAUUAAACCCUAAUGUCUUUAUUGGAUUUAAAACACCAUGCUUUUAUUUUAACCUUUGGGUUCUGGCAGAAAGUGUUCUUGGUUAAACUUGGACAAGACUUUAAAUCCUCUUUUACAAAUUGUAGAAGUCUGUUUAUUCAAAAGUCGUCGGUUCUUAAUUGCAACCUUCAGUGCUGCGUGGUGCGUGUGUUCGCCAUGCCCAAUGUCUGGAAAUACUUGAUAGAGGUUAAACUCUGACCAGAUAGGGGGCCAGCUCUACAAGGUGAUGUCAGGGAACAGGAGACCUAGGCACGGGUGGUUGUUUUGAAAUCCGGGACUUUUUUCUGAUUUUCUUUUCAUAUGUUGCCUUUUUUUUUUUUUUUUUUUUUUGGUAACUUUGGUAGAAUUUAAUUACUUUAUACACAUGUUCAUCAAAUACCUUGGCAUUUCAAACAAAGAAUUUUCCAUACCUUUUUAGCCUGCCUUUUGUUAUUUUGGUCUCUGAUACUCAUCAUGCAUGGCCAGAAUUGUUUGGUUGAUUAAAAUGCCACAAGUCCUAAAAAUCCAUUAACUGAGGGUCAACACGGCCCAGAUAUUAAUAACAUCAAGUUUUAUUUGCUUACUGGAUUAUUUAAGAUGAUUAAAAUAAGAUAUUACAUUUUAAAACCACUUGUUGGGGUUUUCUAAGUUGUUUUUUGUUUUGUUUUCCCCUCAAGAAAGCCAAAAUUCUGGGAGCCCAAAAGCAGCAUAUCCCAAUGAUAGUCAUUUUUGUUCCCUCCCUUUCUGCCGUCUGUCACCUUCCUUUGCAGCUUACGGAGCCCUGUUAAGUUUUGAAAAUGUUUGCAAAUAAAACUAAAUUUAAAUGUGAUCAUUAGGUAUAUACAACACCAAGUGGUACAGCUGCAGAGAUCAUUUGAAAUUCCUGAUUUCAAGAGAGCAAAUGAGUGUUUACUGAGAAAUAAUUAAAUCAGAAUUUCAUAUGAGCGCCACCAUCCCUCUCUGUUAGUUUCAUUUCAUUGUGAAUAGUAAUUCUUGGAUAUUCGUUCUCUGUGCUUAGUACCAGUGUAUGCCUGUUCCCAGAAUAUAAUGAUCCUUUAGGACAUGCAACUGCCAGAGCUGGCUAGGAUGAAAUCGGUUCCUGCCACAUGGAGCAAGUAUUUAUUUAAAUUAACAUCCUCUUAAAUUGACCGUGGCAGAUUUGUGCUGCAUUUUUUUAACCUUUGUAAUGAUAUAUAAUUUAUAUGACCCUAAUAUACUGUAUUCCUAUUUGAAUUGGUUUUUUCCAUGGUUUGCCUACUAGCAAAUAUUUUGCCUAUUUUCAAAUCGUUCUAACCCAUUUUGAAAAUCCUUUUCCUUAACGUGAUAAGAUCGAUCAGUCGUGACUGCUGUGUUUAAGUUGACUUCAUGUCUAAAAAGUUCAGCCUCUGUUUUUAAUAGCUUUACUUUUCAGUGGAGAUUAUUGUUUAUGAUGAGGUGUUUUGGCAGUUUGAAGUGACGUGAAAAUCCAAUAACAGUGCUCUUAUUAAUAGCUUACUCUAUUCUGUAUAGUUUGCUCAACCUGCAGACAGAAAAGGAAAGAAAAAAAACGAAGUUGGUCCUAGCAUGUAUCAAAUGCCUUUUGAUGUAGUUAAAGGUUCCCAUGAUUAGCUUUCACCAAUAGCGUGGCUUUUCAAUUUGUGCUGCUUUAGGUUCCAUAAAAAUGAUAAAGGAAGCACAGGGUCCCUUUUCUUGCUCUGUGGCUUGAAGGUGGGUUGAGAAAUCUUAGUACCCUAAAAGUAUCUUGUAAAUAAAUGGUCUUGCAUCUAGAAAGGCUGGAUUUUACCUAUCAAAAAUUUUUCUAAGAAAGUUACAAUCGGUAUACUUUUCUAUUUCAAGGACUACAGAAUGUCAGGGUCUAGUAGUUCUACAUGCAACAUGUGCCCCAAAAUAAAGUUAACUUCCAACCUGAAAAAUUCCUGACUUUCAGUUUUAGUAAACUUGUGUAAUCUAUUCCAAGCUCUUGGAAGGGGUAACAGUGACCCACCUCCUGUUAGUGCCAUACCUUUUUCUUUGACUUCCCAGUGAGGUCUCCUCCCACCCUGCCUAGGGAACCAUAGCAAGCUGGCAAGUCUGCAGAAGAAAACCAGGCUCCUCUUGGCCACUUCUAAUAAGAUCUUCUUAUAACUUUGGCUAAUGAAUUUUUCCCCCGAGUUGAGAGCAAUUUCAUUUAUGAGAAGAACUCUAGCUCAGAGUAGAGUAAUACAGCUCAGAAAAGGUAACUUCUCAGAGGUCAUGUCUGUUUUUAUGUCUUACUGAUGUUCAAGGGCAAAUCCCACUCCCCAGGUGUAUACAUAGGAAAUUGCAGACCAGUUAUCCUGAUCUCAGCCUGACCAAAAUGCCUUUUGUGACUAGGUUUCCAGAAAAGCCCCAGUGAUAUAUUCCCAUAGGUUUGGUUUUUUUUUUUUUCCAGAUGUUUAUGCUAGUUUACUACAAAAAAAAAAAAAAAAUUCAGAGUGAUGGGAUAGAACUCUGAAUAUUUUUCUAGUCUGGAAUUUUUUUAUUAUUACUAAUCGGUGCUGCCAGGUCAUGCAUGCUGCAACUCAACAGUUCCCUUAUUUCGUUUCACUUUUUGCAAAAAGGGCUACAGUUCACACUGCAGAGUAAGUAUUAAGCUUUCUGGGUUUUUUUUUUUUUCCCCAACUGUAGCCUAAAAGAAUUAAAAUCUUUUAAUAUAAAUAGCAUAUUUAUCAUUCCUUGAUAGUUAAUUAUAGAGUUUGGUACCUUUGUGCCUCAGGGAAGCCACGUGAUAUAACUGGUUAUAGAAUUUCAGGGUUAGGGUUUAAAGAAAGGAGAAAGCCAUUGGAAAAAUGAUGGGCUCCAUUAAGGAGACUAAUGAAUCUGGAUGCAGAAAUAUGCCAGCAACUGGCAUGCAUACACAUGAUUGUAGUAGAAUUUACUUCCAGUAUCAAUAGGGAAAUUUUUUUAAGUUAUUACAUCUACUUUAUCAGCAGAGUUGAGGAGAACUCUUCAUGAAGCUUCAAUGCUUUAUUUUUGCAUACAUUAAAAAAAAAAUUGAAACCCCUGUCAUUUGGGGAGCUCAGUAUUGUUAUUUAGGCACUUUUUGAGAAUUUAAAAAGGAGAAUGUUUUCUCCUUAAUUUAACAUAGAUUACAGAAUUAUUACCAGCAGUUCUAUGAUUUUGAUCAACUUUUCUGUUUAAAGCCAUUCUGUUCUUUGGAUUUGCAUGAAGUAUAUGAUCACAACAUUGUUAAUGCUGGCUAUCCAUGCAAUCCUGCCUUGUAACAAUGGAAUUUCUGAUAGAUAAACCACAGAACUUUGAUUUUAAGCCAGAUCCAGCUCUGGUCCCUUGGCUGUAGCUCUUACAUCGCCACAGUUUGGCCUUCAUAGGCAGAGGGUAUGAAGUUCCUCCUGUAGUGCUACACAGCUCUGUUGUCAUUUCUUUAUGACCCAGUCAAAGGCCAAUGAGACAACUCCAGGAUCUAUUUAAAAGAACGUAAACAUUACUGAAGCAGUAAAACAAAAGAAGGUUCAGUAUUUCUUUUAGUAAAACUUGUAUCUUCUCAAGUUUUCACCCUCACGAAGAACCCCUGGAGGAAAAUGGGGAAAAGUAAAUAUUUUUCCAGUUCUACUUAUUUCUAAACAAAAGUAAACUCAAUGAAAGGGAAGUUGUUUCUUUUUAGCUGAGAUGACAGAUUUGUUUCUCUGUAUUAAAUAGUCUAGAAGCUAAGAGAGUAGUCAUAUUUACCAUGUAUAGUGUUAUGAGCAGUUAAAUUUUAUGGCUAUAUUUGUAAAAUUGUUCUUUUAUAUUUCAUGUCAAAUUGAAAAGUUUAUUUCUUCACUAUUGUAUCUGUGGAAAUACAAGCCAUUUUACAGGAAAAGUCUUCAAAAACUAUUAAACGGAUCUCAGUAUGUUUGUGAGUCAUUGUCUUCAGACUCUGUGGCUGUCACUGGUUCAUCAGGACACACAAUAGGAAGUUGAUACAAAAGUAGAUUUGAUUUUUUCAUUUUCAGACUCCCAGGUUGAUCCCAAACAGUUGAGCUUAUCAUUCUUUUAUAUUCUGCACAAUGCUUAUUUAGCUUCUGAAAAAUCUCAGUUUUUUUUUUUUAUUUUAAAAAUUCCAUUGGUGUUUGUAUUUGUGACAUUACAUCAUUGUCAAAUAAACCUAAUUUCCAGGAAAAUUUAA